GGUUUAUAAUUUUCAAUGGGCGUCUGCUAGUAAAAUUUUCUUCUAAGCCCUUUCCAGUCCAUCACACUAUGGAUAAUGCAAAAAAAGGACGAGUACAAAUAAAGAAUAAACCUGUUGUGACAGGUAUAAGUCCUGUUGAAGGUGGACCGGGAUGUAAAAUAAAAAUUCGCGGAGAAUACCUUGGACAAAAUCAGGAAGAUGUGAUUAGCAUCAAGAUAUGUGAUAUAGAUUGCACUGCAAGUCUCGAAUACUCUACCUCAAAAUGUCUUGUUACAAGAAUGGGAGUGGUAGAAAGAGGCCGACCUAGAAAUAUUGAAGGAUCCGUAAUUAUUACAACACAAUCUGGCGGGCAAGGAACUUCUAUGGUAACUUUUGUGUGCAAAAUAAGCAUAGUUGGACUGCAAACUGAAACUCACCAUUGGGUAGACGAAACAAAUAUGUGGACUGCUUAUUUACAAGUUAGAAAAUUGUUCUUACCUGUUAUAAAUAUCAAUUGUUAUAUUAAUAAUUAUUUGUCUAUUUACCGUUAGCGUUCAAAAAUGGCUGCUGAUGGUAUGGAAUAUGACGAUCCUUUAAGAAUUGCCGACGAAUCGAGCGAAGAACAAAAGUUCGAAAUUUCAACACUCGAAGCUUACUUUCCUGGUAAAAGUGGAGAUACUGAUAGGGAAAAUUUUGAUCCUGUCAGAUAUUUAUUAGAAAAAUAUGCCUUUGGUUGUACGAUGGAAGAUUUAAAAGCUGGUGUCAAUCAGCUCAGAGCUUCUACAACUUCCAAAAGCUUUAAGCCUUUAAUGUCAUUUAAAACUCACAUUAAAACUUUAAUUGAUUGUGAAAAUGCUCUAAACGAACUAAAACUUCAAUUAGAUAAGGAUCAAAUGGAAAAUUCUAUUAUUAAACAUCUUGAAGAAGCUGUUGUAAAGGCAAAUUUAACGGCGAUGGCGGCAUUCGAAGGUGUUUUGUGUAGAAGAGAAAGAGCGGAAAAUAUCACAACUGGACUUGGGGCCUUAAAUAGGUUAAGAUUACUCUUUGAGCUACCAAAAGCUAUUGAAAGGGAGGCGAGAAGAGGAAGAUAUGAGGCAGUUAUUACUGAUUAUUCUAGAGCUCGCACUCAAUUGGCCAGGGACGGUGAAAGAGUGCCGGAAGUGUUACAAAAAGUAUUUAAAGAAGUUGAAACACGGAUGGCACUCUUUCGGGAAUCUCUUUUAAAUAAACUUAAAAGUAGUCCGAAUACUCCAUUUGAAGUGCAGAAGAGAUAUUUGAAUAUCUUAGAAGCUGCGGGAGAUAAUAAAGCCUCGAUUUGUGUUAUAAAUAAUUUGGCAGAAUGGAUUAUGAAAGAAUUAGAUAAUACGGGAACUUCAUCAAGCUUAAAGAAAAUUGAAAGUUUAAGUUCAACACUAGUACUGUAUGUUUUGCGACUUUGGAGAUUGGCGUCUAUUAAGUCAAGUGAAGAGCACGCAAAAAAUCUGAUUCUUGAUAUACUGAGAAAGUACUCAGAAACAAUUAGACAAGUCGUAGCUUCGACAGAAAAGACGUCUGAGGGGAAAUCCUCUCCAGCCGCUGUUCGAAUAUUACAAAGUGUUAGAAGCAACAUAGAUUGCCUGCCAAAAGAAUGCUUAACUAUAAUUGAGCAUCUCAGCCUAAAUGUCAGAAUCACAUGUACUAAAUCUCUAUUGGAAAAUGCUCUGAGAGACGUUGCUAUUCUCAAAGAAAGAGAAGAUUGGAAUGUUGAAGAUGACGGUAAAGGAAGUCAUUUACCCAGAUUAUUUGAAACUCUAGUCACUGAUGUUCUUCAACAAAUCAGAGAAAUAGUCACACAAGAACCACAGAUAUUUAAAGUUCAACCUAAAGAGGGGGAAAAUAUAAGGAAAUUACUAGUAGAUUUGUCAAAAUCCUUUUCAAGUGUUUUGGAGGAGCUUUCCAACGAUAAAGAACAUUUGGUUAUACUAUUAGCUAACUGCGAUUAUACUUGCAAUAGGGUGAUACCAAACUUGAAAGAUACAAUGGAAGCAUGCUUAAAAAUUGAAUGCUCUAACAUCGAUAUUGAAGCUUCGAAAGUUUAUAAAAAACAAAGAAUGCAUUUCCUAAAAGAUUACAUCGAUUUAAAGACUAAACCCAUCUUAAGUGAACUAUUUGAACAGCUACAAUAUAGCGGCUUUGAUUCAAUUCAAAAUGUUACGUCUACAAGACCUUAUGUAACCUAUUUUAUUGUGUCCGUCUGUCAGAUAUUGUCUGAAAUAUGCCUUGUUGGAGAGCAGCUCGUUCAAGAUGUUUUAACCCCAAUUUGUUCAGUAAUUCUAGGAGAGUAUGCAAAGAAAUUGGGAAAGAUAAAAAAUUGGGGAAUAUCUGGUGCUCUACAAUGUCAAGUUGAUGUUCAAUGUUUAAAGGCUGCUUUUCAGGCUUACGUUGCCCAAAAAGUUCUAACAAGAUUAAACGAAGUUGCACCAAAAAUCAGCGUUAGUGAAGCUAAACACGCCCAAAAGAUUGUUGCUGACGCUAAAAGUUCUAUGAGUUUACAAAUUGACUGCUUAACCAGAGUGAAAGGCUAAAUAGGAAGCUUGAACUCUAUUAUUUUGAUCAUUUAUCUCUCAUUCUCUGCAAUUAUUAAUAUAUUUACUAAUUCAUGAAUAUUUAUUUACACGGAAUCUUUUUCUAAAAAAUACAAAUUUCCUAUUCUUU